CGAAAAUUAUUAAUAUGAUAUUGUUUUGAUCCCAAAUCCCUUGUAGUUAGAGUUUUAUUUGUUUAUACUUACUUAUUUUAACGAUUUUAUUCCCUUCAUUUAAAUCUGGAACAUGACUAAUCUUACAUUUUACUGAUUCAACCGCCUUUUAAUUCGAAAGAAAAAAUUCCCAUUUUUCAUUUAAAUUAUUUUAUAAAUGGUGAUAACGUUUUUUCUGAAUUUCCCGCUAAGCUCUUAACAAAUGGCCGAUUCAGGACUAGAACCUAAUUACUCUCAGUCCUUCAGCAGAAAUACGACCAGCGACAGCUUAAACGCUGAGACUUAUAAAGUAAAUAAAGGAAAUCUCGAUGGUCAGCUGACUAAAACGUAUCAUGACCAGGAUAUGCCCACUGAUACGGCCACGUUAUCGGAUUCGAAAAUUGAAACUGAAAUCGCUCCUAAAGAUCAAGAAUUCUCAAGUGAAACCAAUAAUUUUAACCUUACAACUACUGCCGAAGAUAGUGAAAAAGUAGUCGCAUACAAUGAAAAUAAUCAAGAAAGUAGUUUAUUAAGUAAGGAAAACAGUGAAGCUACCAGCUUACAAGAAAUGAAAGGAGAACAGCAAGAAUUGAUAAAGGAAUUGAAUAUUCCAAUAGAGCUGGACCAGAAUUUCGCACCGCAGCCUUUUAAGUUUGACCCGAACGACCUUAAUAUUCCGAUAAAAUAUGACCACUCAGGAGAGGCAGCUCCUACAGAUUUACCAAGCUUGCUUAAGAAGUUGGAUAUCCCUUGUGAUUCUGACGUUUUAACGAGUAGUACUUACUCAAAUGAACAAUUUAAUCCACCUCCUGACAAGGCUUCGUCAGAAAUGGCAGAGUGUGAUGAUACUGAGCCGUUUUAUAUAUACCCAAAGACCAAAGGACAACAGAAGGUUUCACAAAAUUUGGGAUACAACAACGUGGGUAUGCCAAUGAAACACCAAUAUAACUCUAUGGAUUUUUCAAAUAAUCUCGGAUUACGGGAGUUGUCUAAUAAAUUGGGUUAUAGAGACACAGAUACUCAGAGAUUUAACGAUUUAUCAAGUAACCAAGAACUUAAUGAUUUAAAUAGACAUGAUUUUCCAGAUUUAAGAUACGAUUAUCAACAUGACAGAGCACCCCCGGGAUUACUAAACUAUGAUGUUUACGGUAAUAGACUUAUGGAACCUACCCGACAAGACUUUUACAAGAAACACCUAGAUACUGAUAUGUAUGGCUAUGAAGAUUCCAGAUACAAGAGAAGAAGAGGGUCAAGCCAAUACAGUCAGUCUCACAAUCCUUUCAGUAGUGACGAAAACUUACAACAUCAUAACUUGAAACUAAGUCAGGGACAAAUGAGUGAACCUGGUCUGGUUGGAAGAGAAACGACGGAUGUUCAUGGCAGAGAAUACUAUGACCCGGACCUCUAUAACAGAGACAUGAGAUAUAAACAGGAUUAUGGCAGAAUUACCUUUAGUGAUAUGGUUAAUGGGUUUCAGUCAACUAAUACCCAUACUUAUACCGACACCGCAGCAUCACACAGCUUUGCAGACACAUUUGAUAACUCACACCAACAAGAUGCUGUUCCUGGCCUUAACGUACAACCAGUUACUGUUGAAAAUUGGGCACAGUGUGAAAACUGUAAAAAGUGGCGCAGGUUACCGCUAAACGUUGACACUGAUCAGUUGCCAGAAACCUGGGUCUGCUCCUUGAACGUGUGGGAUCCAGUCUACAACUCGUGUAACGUACCUGAGGAAAUAUAUCCAGAACAUAACGCAAAGAAUGUUCAACCAGAUAAAAUUGUUGAUAACGAAAAUUUGGAGUUUAAUCAAGUGCCCAUGAAUAGAGUGGGCCAUCCCUACCACGAGCCUAAGCACCACAAGAGAGGACCAGGUAGGAGUAAGCUCGUCUCUAAAGGAUACAAUUUAAUGCACAAGGAUAUGAGUGAUAUUUCAGUUGAGGACAAAAGGUAUUCACGAGAUUAUACAGACAGGGAUGGCAUGAGGACACCGACAAUCAACAACAGGUACUAUGAGGACAAUAGUAGAAGAGAAUCAAGCAGAAGAAUGUCCAUGUCAAGGACACUUCUCUCACCUAUUGUAUCCAACAUCUCAAGCUAUGACGAGGAGUGUGAAGUGGUAAAGUUUAAUCUCCCCAGUGCAAACACUCAAUUUAACAAUGGUUACUUCAAGAAUGAAAGUACCAGUGUUAGUGGGGAGUACAACGAAGAGAACCAGACUAAUCCGUUUGCCCCUGAUUAUAAACAAAAUUUAAAGAGAAAGGGGCAAAAUGAGGAAAAAGGUAGAGAUACACGUUUAUCACACCCACUGCGAGAUAGACUAACACUUUACUCUGACAACUUGACAAGCCUGCUCGCCACCGAGUUACCUCAUAGUGCCUUAUUCCUGGAUAACUCUAAACGACACACCGUAAAAGAAGACGACUUUGCUCACGAUGAAACGAAACCUAAGGAAAGCGUUACAAAAGACGUAUACAUCAAGGAAGAGGGGAACAUUAACAUAAACUAUGCGUACAAGACUAGCUGGAACCAUAAAACCCCAGACUCGAAUGACAUGGGAGCUACAAGUUAUUCACAGCCAAAUGAACGAAAUUACCCUGAUCGAAAUAAGUUCAACGAGUUAUUGCACAACAGAAGUGACUUCCUCCGUAUAUAUAACAGGUUAUCGACACAAAUCCCAACAUUGAGUGAAAUCAAAGGCAACGAGGAGUCUCAAUUUUCAAACUCACCGGACCCUGAAUCAUCAGAUGACUCGGAAGAUUACGAUUCGGACGAUCAGCGUAGUAACCCAGACAUGGAUAACGAAGAUAAUAGAAACAGUGGUCGAAAUAGCAUAAGUAAGAUCAUUGACAAAAAUGACCUGUUGCAGUUGUUGUAUAAUUUUGCCCAAAAGCAGUUGAAUGGAGAAGAGGCUUCGACAGACCAAAACAUACUCCACUGCAACAAGUAUAACUACGUCAACACUAACCUUAGCAGCAUAAUCAAGUACAAGGAUCAACUCGACGCCACACACCCAAAUGAUUCAAUGGACAAUCCAGAGUUAGUUAAUUACGAACCUGUCAACUAUAAAAUGGAAGUUAAUAGUGAAGAUAGGGAGAGAAAUCACUAUCAGGCGAGUCGAGAAAGUUUAAAGACGGAUAAAGAAACUAACGAGGACUUGUCCAGAGAUGACCAAAGCGAUGACGAGGAGUUGACGGAUGACCAGAUGACUGAUGAAGAAUUUGAAGAUGACAACCACUUAAAGAUGGAUAAAAAGAGCCAUUUGGACUAUCCACUCCCCAACAUAAAGCAAUUGUCGAAAAGGUGUAGAAAUUUAGACAACCCUGACCAACAAAACCUAAAUUUAGAUGACCCGGAGAUAAACUCCAACUACUCAAUGUUAAUGCAGCCAAUACCCCAAAAUUUUAACCAAGGUGAUAAUUUGAACAACUACAACAAUAACAUAAUAAAAAUGCUCAGCAUACCGAUUUCCUACAAGUCAAAUGAGCAAGAAGUUAACAUACAACCUGACAACAUAAACCUCCUAUCACUGCCGAUUCCAGAUUUGUCACUACCGGAUUUAUCAAUGUCAGAUUUAAACAAUUCAAGCACCCAAUACGUUGCUUGACACGCCACUACUGACGCUACUCAGGUUAUAGAGAGUUCAGUACAAAUUAAUCAAAUAAAUUCCACCAAGCGCAUUUUUAAACCACUUGAAUGUGUAAAUUAAGUAAUGUACUAUAACUUUC